UUCCAAAUUCAUCAUCCUCAAACACUCCUACUUUCAACUCUAAGCCAACUAGGGUUUUGAGAUGGCUUCAAAAAGAUCAGCUUCCAUGGCCCUCUUUUUGGCACUCAAUAUUCUCUUCCUUUCCCUUGGCAGUGCUUCUACCCCCUGCCCUCCCACCAGCCGUAACCCGAGGCAGAACCCCAACCCCAACCCUACUCCAUCUACACGAGGCAGAUGCCCCAGGGAUGCCCUUAAGUUAGGUGUGUGCGUUAAUGUGCUUAACUUGGUCAACGUCGUCGUCGGUUCACCCCCGGUGCAGCCAUGUUGUUCCCUUAUCCAAGGCCUGGCCGACCUCGAAGCCGCCGUCUGCCUCUGCACUGCACUCAGAGCUAAUGUCUUGGGCCUCAACCUUAACAUCCCAGUUUCCCUUAGCUUGCUUCUCAACAUUUGCUCAAGGAACGUUCCAACGGGAUUCCAAUGCUAAAUCACCACACUUCACCAUCUUGUCUUUCUUUGCAAAAC